AUGCAAAAAAAAAGAACCCUACCAACCAUUUGUGGGAAGUUUCUCGCCAGUGCUGGGACCAAUACACAAGACCAACCCAGUUCUUCUCCUGGAGUCCAGGUAUUCCCCUUCUCCAGCAUAUAAAUCCUUCAAAGACUGAAGAUGACAACACAUGAGAUAGAGAGCAAUAAUACCAAAUCCAGUGCUCCCCUCCUGACCCAAAGAUACCUGAGGAUGGUGACCAAGGAUGGACACAGCACAUUCCAGAUGGAUGGUGCCCAAGGAAAAGGUCUGGCAUACCUCCGGGAUGCAUGGGGAAUACUAAUGGACAUGCGCUGGAGAUGGAUGAUGGUGGUCUUCUCUGCUUCCUUUGUCAUUCACUGGCUAGUCUUCGCAGUGCUUUGGUAUUUGCUGGCUGAGAUGAAUGGGGACCUGGUGCUGGACCAUGAUGCUCCACCUGACAACCACACUAUAUGUGUCAAGUACAUCACCAGUUUUACAGCUGCUUUCUCCUUCUCACUGGAGACGCAACUCACAAUUGGUUAUGGCACUAUGUUCCCAAGUGGGGACUGUCCCAGUGCUAUUGCUCUGCUGGCAAUACAGAUGGUCCUUGGGCUCAUGCUGGAAGCCUUCAUCACAGGUGCUUUUGUGGCAAAGAUUGCCCGACCAAAGAAUCGGGCAUUCUCCAUCCGCUUCACCCGUUCUGCUGUGGUGACGCACACCGAAGGGAAGCCAUACUUGAUGUUCCAGGUGGCCAACACACGCUCCAGCCCACUGACCAGCAUCCACAUUUCUGCUAUACUUUACCAAGAACAAGAGAAUGGGCAGCUGCACCAAACUAGUGUUGGCUUCCACCUAGACAGCAUUACUUCGGAUGAGUGUCCUUUUUUCAUCUUUCCACUGACCUACUACCAUUUAAUCACUCCAUCCAGCCCUCUGGCUGCUCUCCUCCAAAGAGAAACCACUCACCAUUUUGAGUUGGUCAUCUUUCUGUCAGCUGUGCAGGAGGGCACAGGAGAAAUGUGUCAAAGGAGAACAUCCUACCUCCCUUCAGAGAUCAUGCUGCACCAUCGCUUUGCCUCUGUGCUAGCCCGCAAUGCCAAAGGUGAAUAUCAGAUCAAGAUGGAGAAUUUUGACAAGACUAUUCCUGAGUUCCCAGCUGCAGCUGACUCAAAGAGUCCAAAAAGAACUGACAAGGAGAUCCGCAUCAAUGGACAGCAUGCCGACAGCUUCCAGCUCUCUGAGACUGGCUUCACAGAAUAG